GCAGUGAAUUGGUCUGAUUUUCGUUUCCUUAAGAAGCACAGAAAGUGUCGGUAGUAGUCGCCAAGUGACAAAUUUUUUAUUUUUUAUUUUUUCAACGAACCGAUUCCGACAAACUCAUAUGCAUAAACCGCGUGAAAAAUUUGCGUUUUUUUUUAUUUUCAAUUUUAUUUUAAUUUUUUUAUAUAUACACAUCACGUUCAUACCUCGUGUUCUUUUAAUUAUCUAAUUUUUUUUUUCAAAAAAAAAAAAUUUACAAAUUUAAAAUAAAAAUACUAUCACCAUGAAAUUAUGAAAUUCCAAAAAUACCCUCAACGCCAUUUUGCAGAGAGUAAAUCAAAAGCGGCGAUAAUCCAGUUUGAUACUCGUGGGUAGAUCGAAAGGAGUAGAGGAGAGGGAGGUAGAUGUCUCCUUCAACUGCAACGUCGUCUUCUUCUUCUUGUUCAUCACGUUCAGCAUCACCGACUACUUUUAUUGGAAAUGGAAGUAGUACUAGUAAUGGGGUUGGGAUUGCGGGUAAGAACUAUAUAGAGCAUCGAGUUUCCAAGAUGGAUACACUUGCCGGUGUUGCUAUCAAAUAUGGGGUUGAGGUGGCUGACAUAAAAAGGAUGAACGGUUUGGCUACUGAUCUUCAAAUGUUUGCUUUGAAGACACUACAAAUACCAUUACCAGGGAGGCACCCACCAUCUCCUUGUUUAUCCAAUGGUUCUACUUCAAGAGGGGAAACAAGCACUGAGAAGUCACCCUCAGAUUUAGGCCAAUCUAAUCUGUUGGAACCAAUCCAAUCUCUACGUUUAAAACCCCCCAAAAAGAAUGUCUCUCCAGCUAUGAGCACUCUGCAGAAGUACUAUGGUCUCAGAUCUUCUUAUCCAAGGGGUGCAGCUGAAGGAACAGAGACAGAGAUGGCAGUUUACAACGCUGUAGGUUCAGAAUUUUUAGAUGAUCGGCUGCUGCCAAAAGCCUCACCGCUUCCGGAUCUUGUGGACCACCACCGGAAGUCAGCAAAGUUCAACAAUGGUUUCAUGCCUGAGAAUGGUGCAGCAGCUGAUUACCUGAUCCUUUCAGAAGCUGGUGAUGGGGAAAGUGAGAAGUCUGAUGAGAAGUCUAUGCGAAGGCGUUCGAAAGCUGAAGUUGAUUUUGUAGGUGGCACACCAGAAAGGACUUUGAAGGGUGAAAACAGUGUGGGAAGUGGUGGUUUCUCUGGCUCAGCAGGAAAGAGGCCGAAAUCAGCAAGCCGAUCAGUGCUUCAGUCUGAUACAGAGUCAGCAUGGUUGAAUCCUAUUCCGGUGGGAUUAGGUGAUUCUUUUAUCGCAGAUGGGACGGUUUCGGUUCGUAAAUCAUCAAGCACAUCAAGCCUAAAAGACCAGGAAAAUAGUAAUUCUUCAUCAGUUUGGCCAACAUCAAGAUGGAGCUUGAAAUCUGACUUGCAAGCUCUAUCAACAGCAGCCAUUACCAUACCAAUAUUCGAUGGCUUACCAAAACCCAUAACUGGACGCAGAAAAGCUGCCCUUGAUUAGAGUAAUUCUUUUGCACAUUUUUAUAUAAUCAUUUUGUUACUUUUACUUCGAUCCAAAUGGGGGCUGAAAUUUCUCAGCUGGACAUUCCUCUACAGUCAUACAUCAUAUGGUUGCUGUGUGUAAUUGAAAGGUGGAAAAAUACGUGAGAAAGGAAAAGGGGUUGAAGAAAAAAUGGCUAGUUAAAAGGGUUUACACCCUCAAAAAAUGAAGGGCUCAAGUUAAUGGGUUUACACCCUCAAAAAAUGAAGGGCUCAAGUUAAUAAUUCCAUAUUAAUUGUAUUGUACUCUAAUAGUUAUUUGUCUUUAAUUAUUAUUAUUUUUUUGUAUAGAAUAAGUUAUUUUUUUAUUAUUAUUGGAAACCUAAAAAUUUAGGGUACGAUGGGUGACACUUUUGUUUUCUUUUAAUAAUAAUUUUGAGAAAAUCCAAAGUUGUUCUUUGA